GGAAUACCGUACAAUCUGAAGAUAAGGUCUGACGGAUGGAGCGCUAUAUUGACAUGGAGUCGACCAAGUUAUAUCAACGGCUACUUUGGUAGUUAUGAUGUAAAAAUCACUCCUGAUAUACCACUCGGAUUCUACUAUCAUGUUUCCAGUAAUGCUACUGAUAACCGCAUAGAAAUCCCAAUGAUAGAUGAAAUGUUUCAAUCCGGAGUAAACUACUCAUUUACGGUAUCAACAUUAAGAAGAAUUAAUAUGGGUGAAUCUAAACAUAGAAGCAAGUACUCAUUGCCUGUGUACAGAACAUUUCAAAACGUCUCUAUGGUGCGGCCUGGAUUUAAAAUUAUAGAACUGACGGACACAACAAUAGAACUAGAAUGGGAAUCAGAAGGGGAUUCAUAUCCCGAUUAAAUCCUCAAACAAUGUAUAAUAUUUCGGUUACCUCGGUGUUUGAUGGCGUUGCGGGGAUAACCGUGUGGGAAGUAAUAAAGACAUUUGGAAAGCGUCCAAAUAUGGUCGAAGGCUUCACGGCAUCUUGUGUUGGGCCUACAACCGUCCGUUUUACUUGGUCUGCUGUUCCUGGUGUAACCAUGUAUCAACUAUUUAUUUGGAAGGACAAUAUGGAAAAUCUCCUUCCAACUGAGAUAAUCGUGACUAAUGGACAUAUUCUAGAAAACAUGGAAAGUUGUUCAACGUAUUACUUUAAUAUGGUCGAACUACAAGGAAAGGUUAUGGGAACUCCGAUUCCAACUCCACUUAUUGUCACGACUGGAUUUAACGCCAAUUCGCCACCAAAAUUUGUGAACGUUAAUUUUAGACCCAACGACCCACACCAGUUGAUUCUUAGCUGGGCAGCUCCGUGUCCAGUCCCUGAUAAAAAUUUAGAUUACCAAAUUUACCUCACUGAUAAACUCUCAGAGGUCUCACACAACUUUGUCGUUCAUGGCGGAAUCGAGGAACGUCUGUGGUUCGACAUACCUAAGAGCUACGGAUCCAGUUAUUCACUAAUAAUGCAGACCUGCUCGGAAGAUGGUUGUUCGCCUUACACUACCCCAUUAAAUAUUGACGAUCCUGUCAUCCCAUAUUUUGAGGACAUUCAUCAAGAAGAGGAUAUCUACAAUAUUAUCAUAAGAUUCACACCCCCGAUUCUACCACCACUAGUAGUAAAAAGGGGAAGACCCGUGUACAAAAUCUGGUUCUCCAAGGAUCCAACUUUCCAAGAACCAAGUUCGAUUAAAGAGUUCGUUGUCAACAGGAGUCCAUUUCGAAGUUCAAAAAAGAAUUUCAACGAAGGUGUCUGGUUCGCAACACUUAUUGUUGAGGUGAAUAAAAUAUACAAGUCCCCGCCUGCCUUCGUAGUUCGACUUGAUACCGAGCAAAAUAUAAGUGUAAAUCUCCUUGAAGAUUUAUUAUUAUUUAAACCAGAAGGAUUUUUCUGAAGCGUUUGUAAAUUAUAAGCGGACUGAUGGAAAAGAAAUACUAAUUACCAGAUACAUAUCUUGCCUUACCCUUAAGUUACCGUUCUUGUUAGGCAUAAACUAAUUUAAGUAAUUGGGUAUGAAAUAUUGUUUAGCAGGAAACGCCUAACAAAAAUAAGUACAUUUUUGUAAAUUUUGUAAUUUUGUAAUCCGACAACUUCAUUUGGAACGAUUGAGUAAAUAAGCAGCCAUACCAGUUUGGAAUUUAAACUGUAGAAUAAAUUAAACA